AUGUCGAUGAUGAUGGCUGGCCGUGUGCUGCUGGUGUGUGCCCUCUGCGUGCUGUGGUGCUGUGGCGGCGGUGGCUACGCUGAGGAUGACGCUGACGUUGUUUCUGGUGGAGGUCCUGGUACCGGCAAGGGCGAAAAGAAUUCGGAAGAAUUAAGUUCUCCAGUUCCGGGAUUGCCAGAGAGGCAAGAAGAGCUAGCAGGAGGAGCAGCAGGAAGAGCAGCAGGAGGAAGAGGAUCUGCAGGUUCACAGGAGUUGAAAGAUAAUGUGGUGCCAAAUACGGACAGACAUGCCCCAAAUGAAGAGCAGGGAGCGAAUUUAGAUGUCGAUCCUCCCAAUCCAACUACGGAUCAAAAUAAAAGUGAAGACUCGAUGAAAGCCGGGGCUGGCACGAUAAAUCAGACAGCACCACCACCAGCAGGGCCUCCUCCUCCUCCUCCUCCUCCUCCUCCUCCUGUUCCUCCUGUUCCUCCUUCCCUUCCAGAAGCAGAAGGAGUUAAACUAACAAAAACACCAGAAAAGCAGGACAGUCCCGUCGACCACCACUCUACACAACAUCGUACAGUACCACAAAAAAAGGAACUGGAACAACAAGAACAGAACACCCAAGGCCAAAUAAUAAAAGAACAACACGAAUCAGAACGAAUUCAAGUGCAACAGGAAAAAGAAAAAGAAGAACAACGAUCAGAAGAACAACUGGAACAACGAGAACAUCUAGAAGAAGAAAUACGAGAUCAGCAAAAAAAAAAAAAACAGGAACAGCAGGAAGAAGAACACGAAGAACCACAAGAAGAGCACGAAGACAGCAUAAAACAAGGAAAAGAACAAGAUCAACAACAACAACAACAGCAUGAAAAUGCUGCGGAAAACAGCGAAGAACCCACAAAAAACGAAACUGCCGUUGGUACAAAUGCCACCACUUCAACUGGCGACAGUGACGGCAGCACCGCGGUCUCCCACACCACCUCCCCUCUUUUGCUUCUUCUUGUUGUUGCGUGUGCGGCUGCGGUGGUGGCCGCGUGA